GAGGGUUUGUUUCACCGCGCUCUCUGUUGUUUUAGUGUGAUGCUGGUUUAAUAUAAACUGUUUCUAUAAAUAGGAAAAUACAGUUUUUGAAUCUGGUCAAUAAAUACACGAAAUAUUCUCAGCCUCACAAUCGUUAUUAUGUUUCCAAGCAAGUAGGAAUAUCUGGGACACCAUCAUCUGCUGUCAGAAGAUGGUAUUUGUUAAAGAGAGUGAACCAGAACCCCGUGGAUUUAAACGGGAGGAACCAGAACCUCGGAGAAUAAAACAAGAGGAACCGGAACCCCAGACUAUUAAACUGGAGGAACCAGAAGCGUGGACAAUAAAAAACGAGGAGCAAGAACCCCGUAGAAUAAAACGAGAGAAACCAGAACUCUGGACAGUAAAACAGGAAGAACCAGAAACCUGGAGAAUAAAGCACGAGGAACAAGAAGAGUUGAUUGAAGAAAAAGAAAAGAAUCAAGAAUCAAGAGAAGUUGAGGAGGAAAAUCAUGUCAAAACUGGAGAAAAAACUUUGAGUGGCCCUCAAACCAAAAAGAAAGAUUUAAAGAAAAGAAAAGCCAAGAAAUCUUUCACCUGCACUCAGUGUGGAAAGAGUUUCACGCGCAAAACAAGUCUCCAGUAUGAUGUGAGAGUUCAUACUGGAGGGAUGCCAUUCAGUUGUGACCAAUGUGGGAAGAGUUUCUCAGCAGACCUUAAAGAUCACGUGAGCAUCCACGCUGAAGAGAAGCAGCGCGCAUGCGAUCAGUGUGGUAAAAUGUUUUUGAAAGUUAUUUCAAAGGAGGAGCCACGUUUAUGUAAUUCGUGCUCUCACAGUUUUUUGCGUUUACAAACUAUGAAAGUACAUCAGAAAAUGCAUACUGCUGUGGGAGAGCACAUGUGCUUUGAGUGUCAAAAGACUUUUACUUCAGCAAGCCGUUUAAAACUGCAUGAGAGUAUUCACACAGGUAAGAAACCUUUUAAGUGUUCGCACUGUGACAAGAGUUUCAGUCAGUCAGUACAUCUCAAAAGGCACAAUAAUAUCCACACUGGAGAGAAAGUUUAUAGAUGUCAACACUGCAGCAGAAGAUUCGGUGAUUCGAGAGACCUGAAAAGACACAAAAUGAUCCACACUGGAGAAAAACCUUAUAAGUGUCUGCACUGUGAAAAGAGAUUCAGUAGGUCGGGAGUCCUGAAAACACAUGAGAGGAUUCAUAUCGGAGUGAAACCUUAUACGUGUUCGCACUGUGAAAAGAGAUUCAGUCAUACGUCAAAUCUGAAAAGACACGAAAGGACCCACACCGGAGAGAAACCCUAUCACUGCACUACAUGUGGGAAGCUUUUCAACCAUUCAUCUGCUUUACACAGUCAUACAAAAAACAAGCACAGUAAAGCCCUGUACAAAAGGAGACUGGUUAAGAAAUAUUUACUGAGCAGGUUCUCGAUGGCAAAGACUGUGCUGCGGGAGAAACAGCAACUUCUUAAUCUGCCACAACAUAACAUGGAUGUCAGAACACGGUGGAACUCCCUUUUCGUGAUGGGGGAAAGAUUUUCAGAGCAGUACCCGGCCAUCCAGGCAGCAUCACUUGACCAACGACUCAGGAAGCCAAUGGAGAAAGACAAGUAA